ACAAGGUGUGUUUUGUGUAUAUCUUGUUUGAGAGUUGAUAUUUCAAAUAUAUAAUGGGGCAUUUGGGUCAGAAAAGUUUGAAUUAUGUGCUUGAAAAUGGAGUGAGUGUGUGUUGUGAUGAAGAGUGUUUUGAGAAAGACACCAUUCCGGCGUCCAUUCAGUGUGCUGUCCAAGUCCUGCUCAUGGGUCUUGGUGAAGAUAUCAAUAGGGAAGGCAUUAUAAAGACACCACAUCGUGUUGCCAAGGCCCUUCAUGAAGGAACUAUAGGUUAUGGGCUAAGUGCGAAGGAAAUUGUGGAAGGUGCAUUGUUCCCUGAAGCAGGGGUAGAGGGUACGAAAGUUGGUCAUGCAGGUGGAGUGGGUGGACUUGUGAUGGUGCGAGACCUUGAUUUUUAUUCGUAUUGUGAGUCUUGUAUGUUACCCUUUUACUUAAAGUGUCACGUGGGUUACGUCCCAAGUGGCCAAAGGGUUUUGGGCUUAAGCAAGCUCUCUCGUGUCACCAAUGUCUUCGCAAAGCGUCUCCAAGAGCCUCAGCGUCUCGCAGAUGAGGUGUGUUCUGCUCUGCACCAAGGGGUUCAACCCCAAGGUGUUGCUAUUGUGCUUCACUGCACACACAUCAACUUUCCUCACUCCAACCACAAGGGCUUGGUGGAGACUCUUGUUUCUUCUGGCUCUGGCGUUUUUCAAAACAAAGAUGCUGACAUGUGGGCUGAUUUUUUUGGCCUUCUCAAGUUUAGGGGUGUUGACAAGGAGAAGCUUCAUGCUAAGGGCACGUCGUCUUGGUGCCCUUCUUUGUCAUAUAAGGAUUCGUCCAAGGUUGAAGAAGUGAACCCUCUCAUGAUCACUGCAGUGUCUUCAAUUCUCAAGUCUCUAGGUGAGGAUCCUUCAAGGAAGGAGCUGGUGGGGACUCCUGGGAGAUUUGUGAAGUGGCUGAUGAACUUCCAAUGUGGUGACAUUGAUAUGAAGAAGCUGAAUGGUGAUUUGGUUGUCAACAGUGCUGAGGUGAGCCUUGGUGAGAAAGAGAAAGAAAUUUACUUGGAGAUGAACUUGCCCUUUUGGUCACAGUGUGAGCAUCAUUUGCUUCCGUUCCAUGGUGUUGUUCACGUAGGGUACUUUGUUUCAAAAGGGGUUGAGUUUCAGCCCAUUGGGAAAUCCCUUCUGCAGUCAAUAGUGCAUUUUUUUGGGUUUAAGCUUCAGGUUCAGGAGAGGCUCACGAAGCAGAUUGCUGAAACUGUUUCUCCACUGGUGGGUGGGAAUGUGAUCGUCGUGGUGGAAGCUGGCCACACAUGCAUGAUUUCUAGGGGAAUUGAGAAGUUUGGAAGCAACACUGCUACCAUUGCUGCGUUGGGACUCUUUGCAACUGAUCUUGCUGCUAGGACCUCGUUCCUCCAGAGUAUUCCAAGGGCUACCUACAUCUCUUGACCAUUAAUCAUUCGCUCUUUUCAACUCUUUCCUAGUUCUUCCUUUUUCAUCAUUCUAUGCAAUUUAACUUUAGCUUUUUCUGUAAAAAAAAACAGAGCAAUAUUUUACUGUCUGCCCUUUUGUUGUAAUAGUCCAAUACUACCCUGUGGUAGCAGGACUUUUAAAUAUUAAAUAUGAAUUUUAAGUUCCU